CCAAUAUCAGAUUCGCUUUCGGAGAACACCACACUUGGAGAAUCUCACUCAAUCUCAUUCAUAGUAUCUAGAUAUUGGAUAUCCUUUCAGGCUACAAGACAGCUACUAGUAUAUUUCACCAUUUCACCCGGAAUCAUUUGCACACAGCCAACGUCACCUCCUGGUCAUCGACAUUCAUCAUUCAACUCCGCACCCAACAUGUCAGGCCGAGGCGAGCGACCGAGUAAGAAGCUGAGACGGCUGAGCACCGACUCAGAAGGCACUGAAGAUACGGACACCUACGAUUGGUUUGGCUUGAAAGGGGCAUCAUCUCAAUCCCGGAAGGGAGGCCGGGCUGAGAAAGCCACUGCGACCAAGAGCGAGCCAUCGCGACCACGUCGCACAGCCUCGGAGAAUGUGGCCACUGCAACUGUCUCACGUGGCCCACCAUCUUCUACUUCAUCCAAGAGCCCGCAGUCAAUCCGUCUCACGGUAAAGACCUCGUCAAGCAAGCUACGAGAAGCCACUCGCGCUAGCUCGUCUGGCAAGUCUGCUGCAUCAAGUAGUCGGGAUGGCUUCGUGGGAGGCGAAAUUCUGGAAGGCAAGCGACCCAGAAACGUAAGAAAGAGCUAUGUUCUGGAGUCGGAUAGUGAUGAGGAGGACGAGGAUGAGGAUGAAGAAAUGGAAGAUGCCGCCGAUGAGGAUGCCGAGGGAGAGACAGUUGAGGAGGACGACGAGGAUCUGGACGCUGAAGACGAUGGGCUUGGGGACGAGGACGCUGAUGGAGACGUUGACAUGGACUUGGCCCCUCCUCCUCCUGUGAUCAAGAUCUCAAAGGCUCAAUCCGGAAAGCAAACCAUCAUAGCAAAGCCGGCUUCAAGAAAUGAUCACAUGAGUGUCGAGCAAAAGGAGAUGCAAGACGCCAGCGAUGAUGAGGAAUUAAGUGAAUUGGAUAGUGACCUCGGAGAAGAAGUCGAAGAAGAAGAAGCUAUGCAAACCGGUAACGAGGAAGAUGCUGAGGGUGAAGAAGAAGAAAUUGAGGUCGAAGAAGAUGUCGAGGACGAUGAGGAUGAUGAAGACAGCGAUGACGAGACGCCAGGUGGUGGUAGUCGAGCAUCCACUCCCGAUCUCAACAAAUUGACCAAGAGACAACGUGCUCGCUUGGAGGAGGGUGGAAGUGGUCAUCUCUUGGCGCUCCCUGAUGAGGUCCAAGUCAAGAAACAUUUGACCGCCGAGGAGCACGCCAUGCGACGUGCUGAGAUGGCAAGACGUAGAAAGAACCUCAGCGAGAAGCGAAAUGAGGAAGAGAAGAUGGAAACUAUCAACAAGCUUCUCAAAAAGCAAGCACCAAAAACCAAUGCUCGUCGUCGCGAUUUGAACGGGGUACCAGGUGAAACGAAUUCUGAUUCCGAUAUUCAGAAAGCAAGCCCAUUGUUUGUUCGUUGGAUCAGCAACAAAGAUGGCAAUCGGAUUGGUGUUCCUGAGGAAUGGUUGGAAGGUCCAGCUGGUAAUAUGUUUGUAAACAGUGUGAAGCCAUCCGGUGGAAUGGGCGGCAAAUUGAUCGAGGAGGUGUCAUGAAGAUAAGCUUGCAGGUCUCAAAAAUUCAGUCAGACGCAAGAUUUUAGUCUGCCAGGUCUUAUGACAGGUUCUUGUGUCUAACCCAGGAAUAUUGACUGUGAGCACCGUCUCCCAACUCAAUUCGUUCCAUAAUUGGAGGCACAGACAGCAGCCGGACACUGAGCCUGAUGUGAAUUGGUCGCAUCAAAGCCAUGCUUGAUCAUACAUACGUGCCAUGUCGACCAUGUUCAGAC